AUGGCUCUCAAUGUGCCAGGUCUGGUGGUGAUGGCGCUGUUUUACCUGCUCAUCUUGGGCACGGGCAUCUGGGCGUCUAUGCGCUCCAAAAAGGAGGAGAAAAAAUGCGCAGGAGACGGCAUGGAGAUAACCCUACUGGCUGGACGCAAUAUCAACUUGUUGGUUGGCAUCUUCACACUUACUGCUACAUGGGUUGGAGGAGGCUUCAUCCUUGGUAUAGCUGAGGCAACAUAUAACCCAACACUAGGUGCAGUUUGGGCCCUCAUGCCUGUGCCCUAUGUCGUGACCUUCUUCUUAGGUGGCUUUUUCUUUGCCAAGCCAAUGAGAGAGAACAAGUACGUGACAAUGAUGGACCCUUUCCAGAAGAAGUAUGGGAACGUCCUCGCAAGUGCGCUGAUCCUCCCCGCGCUGGUGGCCGACGUGCUGUGGGUGGCACGCACACUUGUCAGCCUGGGUGGAACCAUGAGUGUGAUCCUGGACCUGUCCUACGUGUACUCCAUUAUCAUCUCCUCAGUGGUGGCCAUAGUCUACACACUGCUGGGGGGGCUCUACUCUGUGGCUUACACAGAUGUCAUCCAGCUGAUCCUCAUCUUCAUCAGCCUGUGGGUGUGCGUUCCUUUCAUGAUGACCAACCCUUACUCUGUGGACAUCUCGCUGACGGCCUACAACGCAACUUUCCAGGCUCCCUGGGUCGGCACUGUGGAGCUCGACGAGGCUGGCAAGUGGUUUGAUGACUUCAUGCUGCUGGCUCUGGGCGGCUUGGCCUACCAGGCAUUCUACCAAAGGAUCCUAUCCUCCUCAUCUUACACCCAGGCUCAAGUGACCUGUUUCGCCUCUUCGGCCUUCUGCCUGGUGCUUGGUAUCCCCUCAGUCCUGAUCGGGGCCGUGGCUGCAUCUACAGACUGGAACGCAACCAGCUAUGGAUUACCCACGCCAUAUGAGCGUGACCAGGCAGGAUCCAUCCUCCCCAUCGCUCUGCAGUACCUCACGCCCCCCUACGUCUCUGUCAUUGGCAUUGGGGCUGUGGCUGCUGCUGUCAUGUCGUCCAUGGACUCAGCCCUGCUGUCCUCUGCUUCGCUGUUCUCCUCAAAUAUCUACAAGAAUAUUAUCAGGAAGCAGGCCUCAGACCGUGAAAUGCAAUGGGUGAUCCGUAUCUCUGUGGUGGUCGUGGGUCUGGCUGGCACCGCCCUCACCUUCCUGGACAGCAGCGUCCUGGUGUUCUGGCUCGUUGGUGUGGACAUGUCCUACACCAUUAUGUUUCCUCAGCUGGUCUGCAUCCUCUUCUUCAAGGUGUCCAAUGGUUAUGGAGCCAUUGUGGGCUUCAUAAUGGGGGUUGUCAUGAGGGUCCUGAGCGGCGAGCCCCUCAUCGGCCUCCCGCCCGCCAUACAGUUCCCCGGCUGCCGGCUGGACAAGGAGGGAAAACUAACCCAGUACUUCCCCUUCCGUACUGCCAUCAUGCUCAUCUCACUCAUGUCUAUUCUCCUUUUUUCAUGGUUGGCAUCCAUCAUUUUCAACAAGGGUCUGCUGCCCGAGAAGUGGGAUACGUUUAAUAUCAAACGUACACAGAGAGCAACAGCCAAGGUCGCGGAUGUCAAGAGGACCAACUCUAAUAAGGAAGAGCCCUCUGUGGCCAAGCAGCUGCUGGAUACCACCAGCUGCUGAGAAGGCUCACAGAGAGAGGGGGGAAGAGAGGGUGGGCGCUGGCCGGAGGCAGGCGUGUCUGUCUGCCUGGCGGGUAUGAUCUCAGAGGGGAAACGGCAGCAAAGGCUGGGCAGUUUGUGCAGAAUUGGGGAAUUUAUGGCACUGACAUGACAGCAGCAGAUUAGAUCUGAGCUCUCUGGUACCCCACGUAAUCAUCUGGCCCUUUGUUUUCUAAAGCAAAAAUAGGCUCCCCGGCUAAAAGCCAUAAGGCUGUGUUGUGUAAAUGGACAAGAUGAUUACAUACACUUAGACCCAGAAUAAAACGCCACAGUUUUUGCUGGAUUUUAUUUAAAUAAUCAGCCAUCAUUGAAAUGAAAGCAAAUUAAAACUCACAGUAGUACAGUUUAUACCUCUUGAUCAUGUAGAUGCUUCAAUAAAGAACAGUUCUGUAUUUUUACAGGCACACUUUGACAGGUUGAGCUGCCGCCCAGUCAAAGGUGGGCUUCUUUUUAACAGAGCUGACGGCCGCCAGACUUUGCACAAAAGGAACAACCCGUCCUCCAGAAUGACGAUUAUAAUACACACAAACAACAUGUAGUAAUUUUAUUGGACUCGUUCACGUAAACUGUCAGAAACGAGAAAGCACAAAGCAACCUGCAUCGUCCUUUCAGGUGUGACUGACUGAAAAUGUGUCCCACCCUCUCUUGCAGCAGGGCGGGGCUCUCGUUCACACGGGACAAAGAAAUGACACCCAGAGAACAACGAGAGCGAGUUCACAUUUUGCACGAUUUCUAUGCAAAAGACGUUUAAACCGUUUAUUACGUCUACUUCUUCCAUCCAAAAAGGCUGCCUCAAGCUUGACUAUGCAGCAGCAACAACUCUCCUCAUUUUGCUCGUUAUGCAGAUUAUUCACCAUUUGGUUUCAUUUCAGAUGACGAGUCUGAUCACCUGAAUGCUUCGGUGUGUAGCAGGAGUUUGUUUUGGUUCCCUGUAAUCUGUCUGCAUGAGGAGUUGAAUGAUGUAAACAUAUUUAAGAUGUGAAGAUUUACAGUUACAUGCAAAUAAAUGUUUUACCUCCAUCUUUGAUUACAGAUAACUGAAGCGAUCCUCAGCUGUGAGCUCGACUGCAGCAGCUGAAGCCGCUGAUGUGCAAGCGAUAAUCCAAAAAAAAAAAAAAAAAAAAAAAAAAGGAAAAUGG